AUGACACCUCUCAGUCUUCUCUCUGACACAAUGAAUGCCCAGACCUGAGUCAUCUGAGCAGACUUUCUACUUUUUAACAAUCUUUGUAGUGUUUACAUUUGAGCGGUCGGUCGGUCAGGCAGAACAGUGUCAUGGCGCGACAACAAUGACCGAGGGUGCGUUUCUCAUCGAGGAAUCCAGCACGAAAGCCAAUAUGUGGGGCGGAUUGCGCUGCAAUAGGGCUUUCGUGAUACUGGUUCUGCUAAAUGUCAUCGCGUUCCAAAGCAUCGUAUAUUAUCAAGAACACAAGAAAUGGGAAGAGGUGAGAUCCCAGUUGGAGCCGGUGAUUGCGGAUCUGCGGGAUAUGCAGGGUCUGACGUACAGCUUGCUGAAGAGGCUGGAGGCGCACGGCCUCUUCGUCGAGAACGUCCGCGGACGAGGAGACGAUAAUCGGCCGGUCAUCUACGUCAUCACGCCCACGUUCGCCAGGCCUGUGCAGAAGGCCGAGCUCACUCGACUGGCGCAGACCUUCCUCCACGUGUCCAACGUCCACUGGAUCCUCGUCGAGGACGCGCCGCAAAAAACUGCCCUGGUCACCCGGUUUCUGGAGACCAGUGGCCUCAUCUACACCCACCUGUCGGCGGCCACCCCGCCGAAUUAUAAGCUGGGCAGGAACGAUCCCAACUGGAAGAAGCCGCGCGGGGUCGAGCAACGAAACGCGGCGCUAAGAUGGCUCAGGGAGAAUCUUAGAACAUCCGACAGGGGUGUCGUUUACUUUGCCGAUGAUGACAAUACUUAUUCCAUCAAGCUUUUCCGCGAGAUGGAGAAAAUACAAAGAGUCGGUGUGUGGCCGGUCGGUUUAGUUGGCGGUUUAAUGGUGGAGAAGCCUAUUUGUGAUAACGCUACUAAACAAGUACUCAGUUUUAAUGCGGCGUGGAAACCGGAUCGACCGUUUCCACUCGACAUGGCAGGUUUCGCCAUUAAUCUCGAGCUGUUGCUCAAGCACAAAGACGCGUGGUUCUCAUACGACGUGCAAGGUGGUUAUCAAGAGAGCGAGAUACUCAGACAGAUAGUCACGAGGGAUCAAUUGGAGCCAUUGGCGGACUGUUGCACAAAAGUAUACGUGUGGCACACGCGAACGGAACAGCCGCAAUUAAACGUCGAGCAGAUGUUAAUUAAAAAGGGCAAACGUUCUAACGUCGGCAUCGAAGUAUGAAGAGGUCGGCCAAUUUUAUGGCAGCGAUAAUCUAAUAGAUAUACAGUAAAUUCAUUGACAUCGAUCUUACAGUAUUAUAAAUUUCGUACUCUUAUAUUAUUAUAUAUGUAUACAUAUACAAUAAUACAGUGCCAUACUGUAUAGCCGCUUGUAGCUAAACGGACGUAAUAGGGAAGAUAAAAAAAUGUACCAAUAAUUCCGACAGCUCAAUUUCAAAGAAUCAUGCGACAGGGUGUGCUUUUUCAAUUUUCAACAAAUUUGCACACCGCUACCAUGAUAUUGUCGUUAUUUCAUUAAGAUGGGUCAACGACUUUUUGCCACACAUUGUCAGACGAUUGCCCAAUUUCGUUAUAACGCGUCGACGUCAUUUGAUAAGGACUAUUGUUUAUUGAUUAUUGCGUAAUAAAAUUUUUCAGGCAAACGA